AAUAAUCAAGUAGAGACAGCCCUGCUUGAGGGUGAAGCCGCCUCCCAGUUUUCCCUCCCUCUCUACCUCCCCCCCCCAUAGUUCUCUUCACUAGGUCCAGUGACAAUUGGAUGAUGCAGCCUUGAUGAUCAUCCGACUCCAGAAUGGGUGGCUGCAAUGCUUUUCUCAAGGCAGCAAGGACACAGUGUCCCAGAAUCAUGCUUCUUUUGCUGUUGUUGCCUGCCUUCAUUUUUUUAGUGAGCGUCCUGGGAGGAGCCCCAGGACAGAACCCGGACCGCAGGAUGGACAUGGUAUCCAUACACAGCCUCUCCGAGCUGGAGCGCCUGAAGCUGCAGGAGACUGCUUACCACGAACUCGUGGCCAGACAUUUCCUCUCUGAAUUCAAGCCGGACAGAGCUCUACCCGUUGACCGUCCAAACACCCUGGAGAAGUGGUUUCUGAUCCUGAGAGGACAGGAGAGGGCUGCAUCACUCAAGACCUUUGGCAUCCCCCUGGAAGAGGUGCUGGUGAAUGAGCUUACCCGCCGCAAGCACCUUGAACUGGAAGCUGCUAUGCAGGAUGAAGAUGCCACAGGUCAUCGUCGGGGAAACGUGGUGCAAAGGAUGUUUGGACGCAUGAGGCGCUUUUUCAGUCGCAGUAGGAAUGAGCCCACCCUGCCCAGAGAGUUCACUCGCCGUGGUCGUCGAGGUGCAGUGUCUGUGGACAGCCUGGCUGAACUGGAGAAUGGGACCCUGCUGCUGCAGAUCCUGCAGCUCUCACAGGCUUCACUUCCUAUCGGGCAGCGACUUCUGGGAUCCAAAAGGAAGAUGAGCCUCAAUCCAAUUGCUCAACAAGUCCCUCAGAUUGUUGAGACUUGCUGCAAAUUCAUUGAGAAGCAUGGCUUAAACUCCGUGGGGAUUUUCACCGCUGAGUACUCUUUGCGCAAAGUGCUUGAGCUCCGUGAAUUAUUUGACAAAGGUCUGGAUAUUGUGCUGGAUGACAGCGUGAAUGUACAUGAUGUGGCCGCACUCCUCAGGGUGUUUUUCCGUGAAAUGAAGGACUCUGUGGUGCCUGAUGAUUUGUACAUGUCCUUCCUCCUGACUGCAACUCUGAAGCCCCAGGAUCAGGUUUCUGCCUUGCAGCUUCUGGUCUACCUGAUGCCACCCUGCCACAGUGAUACCCUUGAACGUCUGCUGAAGGCACUGCAUAAAAUCACUGAGUACUGCGAAGACUCCAUUGGUGUUGAUGGACAGCUGGUUCCAGGUAACCGAAUGACUUCCACCAACUUGGCCUUGGUGUUUGGGACUUCUCUCCUGAAGAAGGGGAAGGUGGCCAGUAGGGAAUCCAGGAAGACAAAGCUGGGGAUUGAUCACUAUGUUGCAUCUGUCAAUGUGGUCCGUGCCAUGAUUGAUAACUGGGAUAUCCUCUUCCAGGUGCCCCCCCAUAUUCAGAAGCAGGUUGCUAAGCGUGUAUGGAAAUUCAGCCCUGAAGCCCUGGAUUUUAUCAGACGCCGGAAUCUGAGGAAGAUCCAGAGUGCUCGCAUAAAGAUGGAAGAGGAUGCUCUACUUUCGGAUCCAGUGGAAAACUCUACUGAAGCCCAGGCUGCUCUCCUUGCUCAGAGCCAGCCCUUUGAUGAAGACCCUGAAGGAGCUCCAGAUGUGCAUGAAAUCUCGAACUUUGGAGAGAACCUGAACUAUGACUUUGAAUAUGGAUCAGAUUUUGAAGACCAGGACCAUCUGGAUCUUGCAGAGGUUCCCUAUCUUGAUGUGGUUCCAAACAACGAAGAUGCUGACUCAGAUGCUGAUGAAAUCCCAGGUGCCACUGAGGAGUCGACUGCUCCUACUGGCACUGCCAGUUCCCACGAUGGUGAGGAAGGAGCGGUUACAACCCCCAAAGUGGAGAAAGACCGCCCAUUGUUCCGUGAGCCCAAGAAGAAGGAUGGCAAAUCUGGCAUCGGCUUCUCUCCUUAGAUGUUUCCCCCCCUCCCAUAAGGUGCCGGACAGGGGAAAAGGGUGGGGGUAGACCUGGAAUGUCACAGCAAACAUUCAGGAGUCUUGAAGACAAAGACCUGAGGGUAAGCAGGAGUUCCACCUGAUGCUCGGGUCAGGAUGGGAAUUCCAAAUACACUGCCAGCCCCAUUACUGGGGAUGCUUGGUAUCUUCAGCUGGUAAAAGCAGAGAUGUUUCUGUGUCAUGCCCAGGCACCCUGGUGCUACCUUGCCUUCUCUUUUACCCCUGAUCCAGGCUUCCUCUCACUACAGCCCCUUCCUUUAAUUGAUGUUUCAUUUGUGGUAAACAUCUGUCCCAGAGAAGCUCACAAAUCUCGAGGUGCUUUCCCUCCCUCCCCAAGGGGAUUGCAUGUUUUUCCUGACUUUCCUACCCUCCUCCCGAGAGCUCACUGGGAAGGCCCUCAAGAGGCAUGUUAGAGCGUUAGGUCAGCCUACAGACUGCUGACAAACAAUUAAUGCUAAACUGUGUCACACCAACUCAUAGCCGUGUCCCCGCAGCAACUCCACCGCCUCAGGAUUUUCUUUCUCCCCCUCAAAUUAUUUAGACCAAUGGCUCGUCAAACAGCCACUCCCAAAAUUCUGUGCAGUUUUGCUCAGGACACGCCAACAGGGAAACCUCAAGUGUAAGCCUAACUAGCUUUUCUGGGGUCAAAAGUUAGAGGAAAAAAUUAGAUUUUAGUCCUGGACCAAUUUUAAAGACAGCGGGCGUUCAUGCCCCUUGUCAGUAAAACAACUAGUUAGGCACAGACACAUAGUUCCAAGUAGUUAACGUCACCUGAUUACAAACUCUCUUACCUAUCGUCUCUGUACUUCCUCUAUGCAGGACGGUACAGAUUUGCGGGACUUGCUCUGGUAAAACACAGAUAUGGGUUAUGUAUGACAUCCAAAUUACAACUGAUAUUUAUGGGUAACAACUGCUAAGGUCCUUAGAAUGAAGAAUGUAUUGUAUUGAGGGAUAGAAACUGAUCAUACAAUGGGUAACAACCACAGAGCUCGAAGAUUUGUGAUUGUUAAAACUUCUCUGGCAUUUCAUCAUUAAUAAACAUCUGUAUUGUGACAGCAGCAUA